AUUAGGGGAAACCGAGGAGAUGACUGGGCAGGCUGAAAUGGAACUGGGAUCCGAGGCGGGCUUGAAGGACCUUCACGGCGUGGUGCAACUCCCACCUGCGGAAGGCAGGCACGCAGAUUGAGAACAUCGACGAGGACUUCCGAGACGGGCUGAAGCUCAUGUUGCUCCUGGAGGUCAUAUCAGGGGAGCGGUUACCUAAGCCGGAGCGGGGGAAAAUGAGAGUGCACAAAAUCAACAACGUGAACAAAGCACUGGACUUUAUUGCCAGCAAAGGCGUCAAGCUGGUCUCUAUCGGGGCAGAAGAGAUUGUGGACGGCAACGCAAAGAUGACCCUGGGAAUGAUCUGGACCAUCAUCCUUAGGUUCGCCAUCCAGGACAUCUCCGUGGAAGAGACCUCGGCCAAGGAAGGGCUUCUUCUCUGGUGCCAGAGAAAGACAGCCCCGUAUAAGAACGUCAACGUGCAGAACUUCCACAUCAGCUGGAAGGACGGUCUUGCCUUCAAUGCCCUGAUCCACCGGCACAGACCAGAGCUGAUUGAGUAUGACAAGCUGAGGAAGGACGACCCUGUCACCAACCUGAACAAUGCCUUCGAAGUGGCCGAGAAAUACCUCGACAUCCCCAAGAUGCUGGAUGCAGAGGACAUCGUGAACACGGCCCGCCCCGACGAGAAGGCCAUAAUGACCUAUGUGUCCAGCUUCUACCAUGCCUUUUCGGGAGCGCAGAAGGCUGAAACUGCCGCCAAUCGGAUCUGCAAGGUGCUGGCUGUCAACCAAGAGAACGAGCACCUGAUGGAGGACUACGAGAAGCUGGCCAGCGACCUCCUGGAGUGGAUCCGGCGCACCAUCCCCUGGCUGGAGGACCGUGUGCCCCAAAAGACUAUCCAGGAGAUGCAGCAGAAGCUGGAGGACUUCCGCGACUACCGGCGCGUGCACAAGCCACCCAAGGUGCAGGAGAAGUGCCAGCUGGAGAUCAACUUCAACACGCUGCAGACCAAGCUGCGCCUCAGCAACCGGCCUGCCUUCAUGCCCUCUGAGGGCAAGAUGGUCUCGGACAUCAACAACGGCUGGCAGCACUUGGAGCAGGCUGAGAAGGGCUAUGAGGAGUGGUUGCUGAAUGAGAUCCGCAGGCUGGAGCGGCUCGACCACCUGGCAGAGAAGUUUCGGCAGAAGGCCUCCAUCCACGAGGCCUGGACUGACGGGAAGGAAGCCAUGCUGAAGCACCGGGACUACGAGACGGCCACACUGUCGGACAUCAAAGCCCUCAUUCGCAAGCACGAGGCCUUCGAGAGCGACCUGGCCGCGCACCAGGACCGCGUGGAGCAGAUCGCCGCCAUUGCCCAGGAGCUCAACGAGCUGGAUUACUACGACUCCCACAAUGUCAACACCCGGUGCCAGAAGAUCUGCGACCAGUGGGACGCCCUCGGCUCUCUGACCCACAGUCGCAGGGAAGCCCUGGAGAAAACAGAGAAGCAGCUGGAGGCCAUCGACCAGCUGCACCUGGAGUACGCCAAGCGCGCGGCCCCCUUCAACAACUGGAUGGAGAGCGCCAUGGAGGACCUCCAGGACAUGUUCAUUGUCCACACCAUCGAGGAGAUUGAGGGCCUGAUCUCAGCCCAUGACCAGUUCAAGUCCACCUUGCCGGACGCCGACAGGGAGCGCGAGGCCAUCUUGGCCAUCCACAAGGAGGCCCAGAGGAUUGCUGAGAGCAACCACAUCAAGCUGUCGGGCAGCAACCCCUACACCACUGUCACCCCGCAGAUCAUCAACUCCAAGUGGGAGAAGGUGCAGCAGCUGGUGCCAAAACGGGACCACGCCCUCCUGGAGGAGCAGAGCAAGCAGCAGUCCAAUGAGCACCUGCGCCGCCAGUUUGCCAGCCAGGCCAACGUCGUGGGGCCCUGGAUCCAGACCAAGAUGGAGGAGAUCGGGCGCAUCUCCAUUGAGAUGAACGGGACCCUAGAGGACCAGCUGAGCCACCUGAAGCAGUAUGAACGCAGCAUCGUGGACUACAAGCCCAACCUGGACCUGCUGGAGCAGCAGCACCAGCUCAUCCAGGAGGCCCUCAUCUUCGACAACAAGCACACCAACUACACCAUGGAGCACAUUCGCGUGGGCUGGGAGCAGCUGCUCACCACCAUUGCCCGCACCAUCAACGAGGUGGAGAACCAGAUCCUCACCCGCGACGCCAAGGGCAUCAGCCAGGAGCAGAUGCAGGAGUUCCGGGCGUCCUUCAACCACUUCGACAAGGACCAUGGCGGGGCGCUGGGGCCCGAGGAGUUCAAGGCCUGCCUCAUCAGCCUGGGCUACGACGUGGAGAACGACCGGCAGGGUGAGGCCGAGUUCAACCGCAUCAUGAGCCUGGUUGACCCCAACCACAGCGGCCUUGUGACCUUCCAAGCCUUCAUCGACUUCAUGUCUCGGGAGACCACCGACACCGACACGGCCGACCAGGUCAUCGCCUCCUUCAAGGUCCUGGCAGGGGACAAGAACUUCAUCACAGCUGAGGAGCUGCGGAGAGAGCUGCCCCCCGACCAGGCUGAGUACUGCAUUGCCCGCAUGGCACCGUACCAGGGCCCCGACGCUGUGCCCGGCGCCCUCGACUACAAGUCCUUCUCCACAGCCCUGUAUGGCGAGAGCGACCUGUGAGGCCCCGGAGACACCCGGACCCAACACCCGCCACGGCCUCCGGGAGGGGCCGGGGCAGCCCCACAGUCCCUUCCUCCACUCUGUAUCUAUGCAAAGCUCUCCGCAGUCCUCCGGGUGGGUGGGCGGGCAGGGAGGGGCUGGGGCAGGCUCUCUCCUCUCUCUCUGGGCUGGCCAGGAGGUUCCCCCGACCAGGUUGGAACUGGGGAGACCUGGGGCCAGUGCUUCUGGUCUGGUAAAUAUGUAUGAUGUGUUGUUUUUUUAACCAUCGUGGAGGGGCCAGUGGAUUCCCACAGCAAAACCAGUCCCUUCCAUGCCCUGGGGAUGCCCCACCACACCCAGGUUUCUUCCUUUUGCCCUGAGGUCCCUUCAAGGCCUCCCCCAUCCAGGCCAAAGCCCCAUGUGCCUUGUCCAGGAACCUCCUGGGCCCUGCGAGGGGCCAGCAGAGGGCGCCACCGCCACCCGACGGCUGGGGACCCACCCAGCCCCUCCCUCCCUGCUCCAGACUCACUUGCCAUUGCCAGGAGAUGGGGGCCCCAACCAGCACCCUACUUUCGCAGCAGAGCAGCUGAGUUGGCAGCCCAGGCCCCCCUGAACCCCACCCCAUCCCACCAGCUCCGGCCUUGCUUUGGCCUCACGUGUCUCAGAUUUUCUAAGGACCAAAAAAAAAAAAAAAAAAAACAACAAAACAACAAAAAAAAAAAAAAAAAAAAAAACAAACUAUAAAAAAGAAUUAAAAACUUUCAGAGGAUUACUAUUUACUUUAUUAACUUACGGAUUUAUUAUAUAAAUAUAUAUUCACCUAGCAACAUAUCUCUGCCGUCUCUCCUGCUCUUGUCAUGAAGACAUAGCCGAUUCUCUUCCGGGCCCUCGCUGACGCUCCUCCGGCUCUGCGUCGGGCGGGGGUCUCUGAGGACCCUCCAGAGGUGGAGGUGGGCUGCUGGCCUGGCUGCCUGGUGGUUGAUGGUUUUGCUCCCCUACCCUUUUUUUUUUUUUUUUGAGUUUAUUCUGAUUGAUUUUUUUUCUCGGUUUCUGGAUAAACCACCCUCUGGGGACAGGAUAAUAAAACAUGUAAUAUUUUUAAGAAGGA